AUUUGAGCAGAGAAAUGAUCGCCUUCAAGUUGAAGUUCAGUUUUAGUCUAUGGGUGUUUCAACUUGUGCUUUACUGCUGGCUGAGCUUCCGGUCCGAAGCCUCCGCCACCUAUGCCGAUCACGUCUGCCCGAAUACUACAACCGCCGAUGUUUACGCAUCAAACAGCGCCUUCCGUGCUAACCUAAACCUUCUCCUCUCCGUCCUCUCCUCCAACUCCACUGUGGAAAGCGGUUUCUACAACGCCACCGCCGGCCAGUCCACCAACGCCACAGCCUAUGGCCUCUUCCUCUGCCGUGGAGACCUUUCUCCCGAAGCUUGCCAGGACUGCGUCACCACCGCCACCAGAGAGGUUGUGGGUACCUAUUGCCCGAGAGAGAAGACAGUCGUGAUUUGGUACGAUGAAUGUAUGAUUCGCUAUUCGGAUCAAUCGAUCUUCUCCAUUGUCGAUCGAACAUAUCAGUCUAUUUUGAAUAAAUCCCAGAUUGAAAAAGAUCCAAAGGGAAUCAUGAGGGUUCUGGAAGAAGUCAUGCCGGAACUAGCCACGCGGGCGGCAAGUGGAAGCGGAUCGGUUGGGAAGAAGUUCGCGGUGGCGCAGAGAAAUUACUCGGUGGUGCAGACGCUGUACGCUAUGGGACAGUGCACCCCGGACAUUUCGAUUGCUGAAUGCACGACUUGCCUUCAAGACGCAAUCUCGAGUAUUCCAAAUUGCUGCCAAGGGAGUAGUGGCGUGAGAAUUUUGUUGCCGAGUUGUAAUAUCAGGUACGAGAAAUUUCUUUUCUACAAUGACACUGCCUUUCCGCCGCCACCGUCGCCAAAAGCAGCUGCUCCUCCCACGAUAUCGAAUGGUACUUCAGGAAAGGGAGGAAUUCCAUUGAGUGUGCUAAUACCCAUAAGCUUAUCAGUUGGAGUUUUCAUUCUGCUGUUUGUUGUGGGAUUAUAUUUCAUGAGAAUGAAGAUGAAGAAGAAAUACAUUCCCGUCAGAGAAGAAAACACAGCUAGUACAGGUGAGAACAUCAAAAGGUCUUCCGGAAGUAACAUUACAACAACAGAGUCAUGGCAAUUUGAUUUUGCUACAAUACAAGCUGCCACCGGCAACUUCUCAGACAGCAAUAAGCUCGGUGAAGGUGGAUUUGGAUUCGUCUACAAGGGUAUAUUGUCAAAUGGAAAGGCUAUAGUGGUGAAGAGGUUGUCGAAAAACUCAGUGCAGGGUGUGGAAGAGUUCAAGAACGAAGUGAUAUUGGUGGCAAAGCUUCAACAUAGGAAUUUGGUGAGAAUGUUAGGAUACUGUCUAGAAGGAAAGGAGAAAAUACUCAUUUAUGAAUACGUUCCCAAUAGAAGCCUCGAUUACUUCCUCUUUGAUCCAAAACUGAAAGGGGAAUUGGAUUGGUCUAAACGUUACAAAAUCAUAAAAGGGAUUGCUCGAGGUGUUCUUUAUCUUCACGAGGAUUCACAACUCAGAAUCAUACAUCGAGAUCUAAAAGCUAGUAAUAUCUUGCUAGACAAAGAUAUGAAUGCAAAAAUAUCGGAUUUUGGCAUUGCAAGGAUAUUUGGUGUAGAUCAAACUCAAGGAAACACAAGCAGAGUCAUGGGAACCUACGGUUACAUGUCACCAGAGUAUGUAUUGCGUGGAUACUUCUCAGUGAAGUCCGAUGUAUUCAGUUUUGGUGUAUUGAUGUUGGAGAUCAUAAGUGGCAACAAAAAUAGUAACUUUUAUAAUUCUGACAUGAAGAGUCUCCUCAGCUACGCUUGGAGAUUAUGGAAGAAUGGAACUCCUCUAGAGAUUGUGGAUCCAACACUAGGACAAUCCUACCCCUCAAAUGAGGUUCUUCGAUGCCUAGAUUUAGCGUUAUCAUGCGUGCAAGAUGAUCCAGACACGAGGCCUUCAAUGGCGACAAUUGUCUUGAUGCUCAACAGUCAUUCUUCUCCGGGGAUGCGAGCGCCUCAACAACCCACAACCUUCUCCCAUAGAACAAUGGUGUCGGGGACAGUGGAAAAUACUGAAUCUGACAAGUCCAAGACACAGAUUAGUGUCAAUGAUUUAUCUGUUAGUGAAGUUUACCCGAGGUAGAUUGGAAAGGGUGUGUUAUUUAUAGGAUCAUAUUUAUUGUAUAACUGAAUACACAAUUUUA